AUGGACUCCCCCAAGGAGCUAACCGUCCACCACCAUGGAACCGCGCAUAUCAUCCAAGUCUCUGCCUCGGCAACAUUACAAGAUCUCUCGUCGGAGAUAGAGCGCGUCCUAAACAUCCCUAUCGACAACCAAAAGCUCCUCAUAGCCCCAAAGCCAGGAAUGCAGAAAGCACCCUUCCCACCAACUCUCCUCGACGCAAUUCUCCAAACCUCCUCCCCAAAGUUCAAGAUCACCCUCCUCGGCACCCCCGCCAAAGCAAUCGCCGAUCUGCACGAACAAUCUGCUAGCGAACAACGACGGCAAGAAGCACGAGCUUCCGCCCUAAGCGCCGCAAGACGCAACAAACAAACACCAUCCUCCAGCCGUAGCGGCGGCGUCCAUACAAUCUCCUCCUCAAACAACAACUACACCUUCCACCGUCUCCUCCCUCUAUCCUAUCUCCCGAACCCAGACCGCUCCCUCGACUUCCUCAAACGCCUCCGUGAUGACCCAGGCAUCCGCGCCGCAAUGACAAAGCACAAGUUCUCCGUCCCGCUCUUGACGGAAAUGAAUCCUGCAGAACACACGACGAGCGAGUCGCGGACGCUAGGUCUGAACCGGAAUAAAGGCGAGGUUAUUGAGUUGCGUUUGCGAACGGAUGCUUAUGACGGAUAUCGUGAUUACCGGACUAUUCGGAAGACGCUGUGUCAUGAGCUUGCGCAUUGCGUGUUCGGGCCUCAUGACCGUGACUUCUGGGAUUUGACGUCGCAGAUCGAGAAGGAAGUUGAUCGAGCUGAUUGGAAGUCUGGUGGAAAUCAGUUGUCUAAUCAGGAGUUCUACAAUCCUGGUGAUUGGGAUAGUGCGCAGGGUGGAGAGGAGUUUGUUGAUGAGUGUGGGUGGACUGGUGGAGAGUUUGUCCUUGGUGGAUUGCAGGGCGACUCGGCUGGAGGCCAAGGUGCUUCUGGCGGGACGUUGUCUCGUAGGGAAAUCAUGGCACGGGCUGCGGAGGAGAGGAUGAAGAGGGAGAGUCAGGCCGGGAAGCAAGAUGAUGCUAAGUGA